AUGUCCGACAAACUCACUCGUAUCGCCAUCAUCAGCACUGAUAAGUGCAAACCCAAGAAAUGUCGACAAGAAUGCAAGAAGUCUUGCCCGGUCGUGCGAAGCGGACGCCUAUGUAUCGAAGUCACUCCCGAGUCGAAGAUUGCUUUCAUAUCAGAGAACUUGUGUAUUGGAUGUGGUAUAUGUCCUAAGAAGUGCCCUUUCAGUGCUAUUACUAUCAUCAAUCUGCCAACCAAUCUGGAAUCACAAAUCACACAUCGAUACUCGGCGAACAGCUUCAAGCUUCAUCGUCUACCCACGCCACGACCCGGUCAAGUUUUGGGAUUGGUUGGAUCUAAUGGUAUUGGAAAGAGUACGGCUUUGAAAAUUCUGAGUGGAAAGUUGAAGCCCAACUUGGGCAGAUAUGAUAAUCCUCCAGAUUGGCAGGAUGUGAUCAAAUACUUCAGAGGAUCUGAAUUGCAAAACUAUUUCACAAAAAUCCUCGAGGAUGAUCUUAAGGCGAUUGUAAAGCCACAAUAUGUAGACCGUAUUCCAAAGGCCAUUCGCGGACCUGACAAGACCGUCCGGACUCUCAUUGAGGGCCAGGCGACAAUGGAAAAUAUGGAGGAAGUAUUGGAUGUAUUGGAACUCAACCAUAUCAUGGAUCGGGAUGUGAAUCUUCUAUCAGGUGGAGAGCUUCAGAGAUUCGCCAUUGGUACUGUCUGCGUUCAACAGGCGGACGUUUAUAUGUUUGACGAACCCUCCUCAUAUCUUGAUGUUAAGCAACGUUUGAGUGCCGCAAAAAUUAUUCGAUCUCUACUACGUCCAGAUGACUAUGUUAUCUGUGUCGAGCACGAUUUGUCGGUCCUGGAUUAUCUUUCGGAUUUUAUCUGUGUUCUUUACGGAAAACCUGCUGUGUAUGGUGUCGUCACUUUACCCGCAUCUGUUCGUGAAGGUAUCAACAUCUUCCUCGAUGGAAACAUCCCAACAGAAAAUCUUCGGUUCAGAGAAGAAUCUUUAACCUUCCGAAUUGCCGAGUCUGCUGAUGAGUUCAUGGCUGACCGUUCCCGUGCCUUUGAAUAUCCUACAAUGGAGAAGACUCUUGGCAACUUCCAUCUCAAAAUUGAAACUGGUGAUUUCACCGACUCGGAGAUUAUUGUCAUGAUGGGCGAGAAUGGUACUGGGAAAACCACGUUCUGCAAGCUCCUAGCUGGUGCUUCCCCUCCAGACAAUGGCCAGAAGGUUCCUGGCAUGAAAGUCAGCAUGAAGCCACAGAAGAUCACGCCCAAAUUCGAAGGAACCGUCCGUCAAUUGUUCUUCAAGAAGAUCAAGACGGCUUUCCUUCUACCUCAGUUCCAAACCGAUGUCGUAAAGCCACUCAAGCUUGAGGAAUUCAUAGACCAAGAAGUUAAGACAUUGUCGGGUGGUGAAUUACAACGCGUCGCUAUUGUUCUCGCCCUCGGUGUCCCCGCAGACAUCUACCUCAUCGAUGAGCCAUCUGCAUACCUCGACUCUGAGCAACGUAUCAUUGCUGCUCGUGUCAUCAAGAGAUUCAUCAUGCACUCAAAGAAGACAGCGUUUAUCGUCGAGCACGAUUUCAUAAUGGCGACAUAUCUUGCAGAUCGUGUCAUCGUUUUCGAUGGUGAGCCGGGAAUCAACGCCCGUGCUAAUGCACCAGAGUCUCUACUCACCGGCUGCAACAAGUUCUUGAAGAACCUCGACGUAACUUUCCGUCGUGACCCGUCAAAUUACAGACCGCGUAUUAACAAGCUCAACUCUCAAUUGGACCAGGAGCAAAAGCUGGGUGGUAACUACAAGAAGAUAAAUCAACGAGUAGUUGAAAAGGGCACUCCACAUCAAACAUUUCCACCUCCAGUCAAUGCAUUGCUAGGCGUUAAGGAUUCUGCAUUGCGAGGGGUAGGGUAUACCGGGAAAACGCAUGGACUUCUGGAUGAAGAGGGUUCUUCCAGCGACGAUGACGACCCUGAAGAAUAA